AUUUAAGUUUUUAAAAUGCUUGUUAGAGCUCUAGGAGCACUGUUCUUGUUGGCGGCUGUCAGUGGUGAUUCCCUGGACGUGUGCCUGCAGGAUCUGGGAUGUUUGAAGGGCACAGAAAUGCCAGGAUUUCAGACCGGCAGCUUCGAGUCCUUUCUCGGCAUACCCUUUGCUCAGCCGCCAGUGGGAGAGCUUCGCUUCAAGAAUCCUAAACCAGCUACUGCCUGGAACGGCGUUCGGGACGCAGGCACGGCCAUGGACAGUUGCCUGCAAAGGAACUAUUUUAUCGAUGGCUGGCCGAUUUUGGGAUCGGAGGACUGCCUUUAUUUGAACGUCUACAGGCCGAAGGAAGAAACCUCCACCCUCCUACCCGUUAUGGUCUACGUCCACUCUGGUGGUUUCUUCAGCGGCUCCGCUCAUCCCAUAGGCAGUGGCCCCGAGUACCUAAUGGAUGCAGGAGGCGUUAUUGUGGUGACCAUAAGCUAUCGCGUUGGUCCUUUUGGUUUUUUAAGCACGGGUGAUGAGCACAUGCCAGGUAAUUUUGGACUCAAGGAUCAGCGUCUAGCACUGCAGUGGGUGCAGCGUUAUAUAAGAAGUUUUGGUGGCGACCCAGACAUGGUUACUCUUUUCGGGCACAGCGCCGGAGGAGUUUCCACGCACCUCCAUAUGCUGAGUCCAGGUUCGAAAGGUCUGUUUCAUCGCGCCAUGUCCUUGACAGGCAUGUGGUUCUCUCCGACCAUAACUAUUCUAAAGGAUCCACUUUCGCAAACUCGAUACUUGGCCAAAUUGGCCGGCAUAGCGGAGGCCGAGAGCCUUAGUAGCAAGGAUCUUGCUCAGAAACUAAGCGAUGUGGAUGCCACGAAGCUUUUAAAGAGUAUCGACAGCCUUAAGGUGUUUGACACCCUGCCUCAGCUCCACUCCCGGCCUGUUAUAGAGCCGGUAGGCUGUCCUGAUGCCUUCCUGGUCGAGGAUCCACUGACCACACACUUGUCUGGAAACAUGCACCAGGUGCCUUGGGUAAUCAGCUACAAUUCGCGGACUGGGGAGGGAACACUAACCCUCUUACAUGCUUUUGUUGAUGCCAAGCGACAAGAGGAGUUCAACGAGAACUUCCUGGAACACAUGGCCUUGGCCCUCAGUCUGCCGGAGGGCACUGAUCCAGAGGUGGUGCAGGAUAUAUUCGAUGCGUAUCAGUUUCAUGGGAAAGGCCUGAACAACGACACCCUUCUGGACCUGGCGGAGAUCAGCGGGGACUUUAAUUUCUUCUACCCGAUGUAUCAGACAAUAGUCUCAUAUGCAGGAUAUGCGGAUCUCGAAAAGAAUCCCUUAUCUGUUUACAUCUUUGACUACGAAGGAUCACGUCCUGCUACAGUGUUUGUCAGUGGAAAUGAUUUGAAUUACGGAGUGGGAGCUGGACAUAUGGAAGACGGCCUUCAUACGAUUCGCAUAAAGGGUUUUGUAGAGGACUACCCGAAGGACUCACUGGAUGCCAAAGUGACCCAAAGAAUGAGUGAACUGGUGACCCAAUUCGGGAAAACGGGAAUUUUCCGUGAGGAUGCCACCUGCCAGGCCUCGGAUCUUAAGGACCAAAAGAUGUGCAAUUACUUGUUUUUUUAUGGUCAUACCAGUACAGGAACCUUCCAGGAAUCUGUCCAGAAUAGCCUAGAUCUAACAAGAUUUGCCUUAUGGAAAAAACUGUAUAUGUCGAAGCAAUAAAGGGUCUCUACAAGAGGAGCUACCCUA